AUGUCUCGAUUCUUCACACAAGGCGAUAGCUCCAGCGAGAGCAGCUCCUCAGACGAGGAGGAGCUCUACAGCGAGGAAGAAGGCGCGCAAAAGUCCGAAGAAGAAUCAAGUGAGGAAGAAGAAGCAUCGGAGGAGGAGGCGUCGUCAUCCUCGGACGAAGGGGGAAGUCCGGGGUCUCCAAAUUUCUGCGAGAUGUGGCCUCGAGUGAUGAGAGCGAAGAUGAGGACAAAGUGA